AUGCUGGGCUGGGUCCAGAAGGUGCUGCCUCAGCCCCCCGGAACUCCUCAGAAGACUGAGAUGGAGGAGGAGGAGGAGGAGGAAGAGGCAGAACUGGAGUCGGAGCUAGAGCUGGAACCGGAGGUAAAACCAGAGCCAGAGUCUCAAACAGCCGCUGAGGAGAGGCCCCAGGAAGAAACAGCUGAUGAGGAGGAAGUGACUGCGGCUGACUCAGGUCUUCAGGCCCUCCAGGCCCAGGCUGCGGAGUUUCCUGACGUGAACAGUCCCAGCGGUUGGGUGCUGACUUGGCUCAGGAAAGGCAUGGAGAAGGUGGUACCACAGCCCGUCUGCAACGGCAGGGCAGCCCACACGGCCACCGGCACGGAGGCCCCAGCUCAGGCCGGAGCACAGAUCCUUGGGCACCAUGGCACAGGGAACACAGGGUCUGCAGGUGGAUCCAGUGAGUUCCCAGGGGCCCAGGAUAUCAGGCCCAGCCCAUGGCUGCUCAGGUGGCUGGAGCAGAAUCUGGAGAAAAUGCUACCUCAACCCCCAACACCGGCUAAGCCUCCAGAACCCCCGCUGGAGACGGAGCCCACGCCACAGGACCCCGAGAGCUCCUGUGUGACCAGUCUCGAGGAGGAGCCAGCUCCAGAGCCCCAGUCCAGCCUCCAGACCUCCUCCCUGCCACCACCUGCGGACUCUGCCGGGUUGCUAGCGUGGCUCCUACACAGGCUGGAGAAGGCCCUGCCGCAGCCGGUGCUCCCUGGGAACAGCCGGGAGCAGGAGCCUGGCUCCCCGCAGACGUGUGACGCGCAGACCAGUAAGUGCUGCAUUUCUGGGUUCUCGUGCACCUCCCAGGAGGGUGGCUUGGGGCUGCAGGCCACACCUGGGCUCCUUGGCUUCCAGCUGACCCCCCGACCCUGCGUGAGUGUCCACGUGGACUCGCUCUGUGUCUCUGCGUGUCAGACGUCCUUCCGCUUUCCUUUGCAAGGGUGUCAGGGGUGGCGGCUGGAGGCCUCUGAGACAAGGGAGAAGGGGAUCUGGGAGAGCACAGAUGGACAGACGGAUGGAUGGAUGGAAGGGAAGAAGGACACCCCGAAGAGAAGACGUUCAGGGGGUGGAGGGCGGGAGGUGGCCAUCGACCCCUCCCCACCGGUUGGCAUCCUCGCCACGCAGCGACAGGAGCCCGACCUCAUCCUAGAAGACGUUGACUCUCACUGGGAGGAUGCCCAGCAGGACUGCAGCUCCAGCCCCCAGGAGAUGGAGGGGCUUCCAGCUCAUGGGAAAGAGAACAAGGCCGUGGUGGAGAUGCCCAGGUGGGAGCCCGAGAAGUCCCCGGAAAGAGCCAGUAGCUUCGGCCCCAGCAGGGCUUGGGAACUGGUGAGCGCUCCUAACCCCAUCCUCCCCGCCCCCAGCCCCAGUGUCCGGCUGGAUAGCUCUUGGCUGGUGCAGUCCAUUGUGGAUCCGAGCAGAGGAAGCGGGAAGCAGCCCCCAAAGGCCUCAUUCCAGGGGCUGCAGGAGGAGGCGGUGGCCGCCAGCUCAGCAGGGGAGUGUAGCUGUGGGUCCCACCCAGCCAGGGUUCAGCUCAGACACCGCAUAAUCACCAUGGCCAAGCCAGGCCAGGACACGGAGCUGAAUCGCCUGGUCCAGGAGCAGCCACCUGACCAGGGGGCCCCCAGGCUUGCACCCCCAAACCUGGCAGAGCACCUUCCCAAUGUGCCCAGCUACCGCCCGCCCAUCACCCGCAUCCCUGUCCUCGUCACCCGGAGAACGGCCCUGUCCAAUUCCAGCUUCGCCAAGGAGACCAGGAGCUCCAUUCGUCGCCUAGUGCCUGCCACGAAGGAGCACCCGGAGGUGCAGGUGGAAGACACCGAGGCGGACGGCCGCCCCCUCAUCGUGGAGGAGACGCCACCCGAGCAGCUGCCACCUUCGCCUGCCAAAUCCGACACCCUCACGGUCCCCGGCUCGGCCCCAGGGGCCCACAGGAAGAAACUGCCCUCUCACGAUGAUGAUGAGGCCGAAGAACUCAAGGCGCUGUCACCAGCCGAGUCCCCAGUAGUGGCCUGGUCAGACCCCACCACCCCACAGGAAGCCGAUGGCCAGGACCGUGCGGCCUCCACUGCCAGCCAGAACAGCGCCAUCAUCAACGACCGGCUGCAGGAGCUGGUGAAGCUCUUCAAGGAGCGGACGGAGAAGGUGAAGGAGAAGCUCAUCGACCCCGAUGUCACCUCCGACGAGGAGAGCCCCAAGCCCUCCCCAGCCAAGAAAGCCCCAGAGCCAGCCCCAGCCUCGAAGCCCCCAGAAGUGGAGCAGGUGGAGGAGGAGCACUAUUGUGACAUGCUCUGCUGCAAGUUCAGACGGCGCCCCUGGAAGAAGUACAAGUUCCCCCAGAGCAUCGAUCCGCUGACCAACCUGAUGUACAUCCUGUGGCUCUUCUUCGUGGUGCUGGCCUGGAACUGGAACUGCUGGCUGAUCCCCGUGCGCUGGGCCUUCCCCUACCAGACGCCGGGCAACGUCCACCUCUGGCUGCUGAUGGACUACCUGUGCGACCUCAUCUACCUCCUGGACAUCGUCGUGUUCCAGAUCCGCCUGCAGUUCGUCCGAGGGGGUGACAUCAUCGUGGACAAAAAGGAGAUGCGAAACAACUACCUGAAGUCCCGCCGAUUUAAGAUGGACCUGCUGUGCCUCCUGCCCUUGGAUUUCCUCUACUUGAAGUUGGGCAUGAACCCCCUCCUCCGCUUGCCCCGCUGCUUAAAGUACAUGGCCUUCUUUGAGUUCAACAACCGCCUGGAAGCCAUCCUCAGCAAGGCCUACGUGUACAGGGUCAUCAGGACCACAGCCUACCUGCUCUACAGCCUGCACCUGAACUCCUGCCUCUACUACUGGGCGUCGGCCUAUCAGGGAAUCGGCUCCACCCACUGGGUGUACGAUGGCGUGGGAAACAGUUACGUUCGCUGUUACUACUGGGCCGUGAAGACCCUCAUCACCAUCGGGGGGCUGCCCGACCCCCAGACCCUCUUUGAAAUUGUCUUCCAGCUCCUCAAUUAUUUCACGGGGGUCUUCGCUUUCUCCGUGAUGAUUGGACAGAUGAGAGACGUGGUGGGGGCGGCCACGGCGGGACAGACCUACUACCGCAGCUGCAUGGACAGCACCGUGAAGUACAUGAACUUUUACAGGAUCCCCAGGUCCGUGCAGAACCGGGUCAAGACCUGGUAUGAGUACACCUGGCACUCGCAAGGCAUGCUGGAUGAGUCAGAGCUGAUGGUGCAGCUUCCAGACAAGAUGCGGCUGGACCUCGCCAUCGACGUGAACUACGACAUCGUCAGCAAGGUGGCACUCUUCCAGGGCUGUGACCGGCAGAUGAUCUUUGACAUGCUGAAGAGGCUGCGCUCUGUCGUGUACCUGCCCAACGACUACGUGUGCAAGAAGGGGGAGAUCGGCCGGGAGAUGUACAUCAUCCAGGCGGGGCAGGUGCAGGUUCUGGGGGGCCCUGACGGGAAGUCUGUGCUGGUGACACUGAAAGCUGGAUCCGUGUUUGGAGAGAUAAGUCUGCUGGCCAUCGGGGGCGGGAAUCGGCGCACGGCCAACGUGGUGGCCCACGGCUUCACCAACCUCUUCAUUUUGGAUAAGAAGGACUUGAAUGAAAUUUUGGUGCAUUAUCCUGAAUCUCAGAAGUUGCUCCGGAAGAAGGCCAGGCGCAUGCUGAGGAACAACAACAAGCCCAAGGAGGAGAAGAGCGUGCUCAUCCUGCCCCCGCGGGCCAGGACCCCGAAGCUCUUCAACGCGGCCCUCGCUGCAGCAGGGAAGAUGGGCGGCAAGGGCGGCAAGGGGGGCAAGCUCGCCCACCUCCGAGCCCGCCUCAAGGAGCUGGCCGCGCUGGAGGCCGCCGGGAGGCAGCAGCAGCUGCUGGAGCAGGCCAAGAACUCGCAAGAAGCCACAGGAGAGGGGGGCGAGGCAGGCUCUGCCGCCCAGGACCAGCCCCCGGCCCCCUCGGCCCCCUCGGCCCCCCCUGGCCAGUCUGCGCCCCAGGAGCCCCCGGCCGCGCGCUCUGCGUCGCCUGCUUCCCCCAGGAAGCCCGAGGCAGGCGGGGAGGGAGUGGAUGGGCCGGAGGAGCACUCGGUGCGGAUCAGCAUGAGCCCUGGCCCGGAUCCAGGCGAGCAGUCUCUGUCCAUAGAAAUGCCCGAGGAGAAGAAGGAGGCGGUGGAGUGAGUGAGGGUCGCCCGCGCCCCCUCUGGCAGGUGCACCCGCCUGCCCGCUGCGCCCUGUGCAGCGCCCGGUGAGUCCGAGGACGCCUGCCCGCUUUAGUGGCCUCAGUCGAGCCAACCUUCCCGUUCCUACGAUGCCUCCUGAUGGACUUGGUCUUGAAAUCAGCAAAUUUCCAUCAAAUGUCGGUGUCCCCAAGCUCCCACAGUCCCGGGACCCCGCUGUGGUUUAUAUUUUAAAAGAACAAAAUCACUUUCCGCUUUUAAAAUUCAUCUGCAGGUAAUGAGGCUCUGGAAGCUUUUGGAGAAGUCAGGUCUGGGAGUGGGAGGGCUUCUCCGCAGGGAUUCGUCCCCUUUAUGUCCCCUUUAUGUCAAGGGUAAGAAACAAUGGUGGGGGCAGCCUGCUGUCCUUGGUGAUCCUGGUCAGAACCGGGAAUGCUGUUUUCCUUGGCUAGGCAGUUAAGGGACAUUAAGGGACACGCAGCUUAUCAGGCUGCCCUGCAUGUUCCCCGGACUACAUUCAAUUGCCUGUCUGACGCCAUUAUGUCAGAGCAGAUAAGAGGGAAAUGACUUGGUGGAAAUGGACUUAGCGUUCCCAGGUAAAGGGCAGCCCUGUGGGAGCAUUCUCAGCCUGUCACCCUGAAAAGCCCCAUUUCUCACCAGCAGGGAUCAGGCUGUCACUUGCCUUAGACACCCUUGCUGUAGAAAUGGUGGCAGCGACUUGGAUUAAUCCUCAAAAAUGUAAUCUCACAGCUGCUGACACCACUUAAAUCCCUGAAGUCUCUCCAGAUCAUGUCAUGUUUAUAUGAUUAAAAAAAAAAAAAAAAAAAGCAGAAAGGGUUAUUCAGUCCAUGAAUAUUUAUCAAGAGGAUUUUAUUUGCAUACCGAAUGGCUCUUGGGGGAGCCCAUGACUAAAAACAAAAUCUGGUAUUGAACCAUUUGUUUCCACCACCAGCAACCGUGAACCCGAAGGGCCUGAAUUCCAGUAGGUUCUUCCCAUUUUAUAUCAAAUGACAGGACAUGGGGAGCCCCUGAAGGGACUUCCCGAAGGCUCCAAACUGUAGUAUUUGUCCUUUGGCUACAAACAACACUGUGACAUUUUUAAACAAUUUGGGAGUUCCCAGGUGGGUCCAAGCAUUUCCAAAUCCCAGAGUGAUGAACAGAUUUAUCUCAUUGAUGUCAUGUCAUGUGAUCUGGCAAUCAUUCCACUGAACGCCAUUUCACUGGUACAGCCGUUCACGACAUUGAAUGUAAUGAUGAUCAGCAUUAUUCUUCUCCUUUUAAAGGGUUUUAGUCAUUUGUUUUAGUAGGUUAAAAACAUUCACAUGGGGCUGGAGACAUAGCUCAGAUGGU